GUACAUCUCUAUCAUCAUAUAAAAAAAAAACUUCAAGAUGAAAAGCUGAGAAAGAAAAAAGAAGAUCCACCUCGAACUUCUCUUCAUCUCUCUCAAUCAUCAUCAUCUCCUUCUCAGAUUCCCACUCUCUUUCCUUCCUCUUCUUCGAGUGAACAAAAAAAAGUCUACACCUUUACUCAUUUUCUCCAUUUGUAACUUUCCGGGAAAAAAAAGUUUUGUCCUUUUUUUUCUCUCAAGAUCCAAUUUUGAUUAUCUCAUCCAGAUGGUCGAAAAAGUCUGAAGCUUUACUCUGUGAUUUUCUCAAUUUGUAAUUUUCCGGGAAAAAAGUUUUGUCCUUUCUCGCUCUGUAAAUUUUCCGGGAAAAAUUCGCCGGAGAAAAUGAGAGAAGACGAAACAGACUGGUUCACAAGAUGGGAAGAAGAGCUCCCAUCACCAGAGGAUCUAAUACCCUUAUCCCAAUCCCUCAUCUCUCCCGAUCUCGCCCUCGCCUUCGACAUCAGACUCCCCGGAAACUCCGGCCAACCUCACCACCACCACCACCACCGCCAAUCCACUCCCCCGCCGCAGCAGCUUCCGUCAUCGCAAGCCAACUCCUCCGCCGAAUUCGCGACGGACUCGGCGGAUCUAGGCUCCGGAGCCACCGCCGCCGGCGACGAGCCGGCGAGGACCCUGAAAAGGCCACGUCUCGUGUGGACCCCGCAGCUGCACAAACGCUUCGUGGACGCGGUGGCGCAUCUCGGGAUCAAGAACGCCGUCCCCAAGACGAUUAUGCAGCUCAUGAGCGUCGACGGGCUGACCAGGGAGAACGUCGCGAGCCACCUGCAGAAGUACAGGCUUUACCUCAAGAGGAUGCAGGGGCUGUCUUCCGGAGGAGGAGGAGGCGGGUCGGAUCCGGCGACGGAUCGGCUCUUCGCUAGCUCUCCCGUGCCGGCUCAUUUCUUGCACCCGAACCGUGUUCCGAGUUCGGACCAUUACAUGCCGUCUUUCGUCCCGAUCGCGACGCUUCAACAGCAGCAGCAGAUGGCUGCGGUGGCAGCAGCGGCCGCGGCUAAUGCUCACCUGCAACCGCCUCAGUUUCACCACCGUCAGAUCGCGGCAGCGCAUUUCGGCUCUCCGACAACGAACGGGCAGUUCGGUAAUGGGAAGUUCGAUCAGUCGUUCUUGGCGAGGCAAACGCAGCAGCAGCAGCAGACACUUCAGAGAAUGUCGACACCGUCGUUGCAUAGUCCGGUUGGUAAUUACGUUGAGGAUUUGGAAUCUGCAAACGCUAAUGGAGGAAGAACAGUCUUGACUUUAUUCCCCACUCGAGACGAUUAAACACACUUCUGAUCAAUGUAAGCCAUUGUUGAUCACACUUUUGGGACAAUCCAAUUUGUGAAUCCUUUCUAUGUUCAAAGUGUAGUCUUUCAAGAACAUUGAUACAAGUUUUUAUGCAGUCUUUAUCUGUUAACAUUGUUGCAACCUUGAGUGUAUUCUUGUAAAGAUGAGUUCUUGUACAUUUUUAUGGAUACACUCAAGGUUGGGAAAAUAUAUCUAUCUUAGUUUGGAAAAUGUUCUUUGUCUCUCAUUUUAUAAUGCAGCAUACUAAAACUAUUCAUACCC